GGAGAUGAGUGUUUGGGAGAGAGACUGAGAGAGGCUGACCUGACAGCUAAUAGUAGGCGAGCCUUUCGGCGAGUGGGUACCAAGUGGUAGGGUAGUGCCAGACAUAUCCGACCCUCCUGGCAUCUGUGGGAGACUCUUGUGUCCAACAAUGGAUUUUCCUUUCGAUAUAAACGUAUUAUUUUUAAGCCGAAUUACUGUCUUGGACCAGAACCUUUCUAAUCCUCGAAAAUGUUGGGGAAGACCUGACCCUCAACAUCAAAUCUGUAUUGUAAUAGAUGAACUAGGAAGAGCAUCUGCCAAGGCUCAGGGGCUGACUGCACCAGUUACUAGUGCAGUCAAGCUACAAUCAAGCAGACAUGUCGUGUAUCUUCUGAAGGAUGAGAAGGCAAAUGGUGCUCGUGGAAUUGUAAUUGGGUUCCUAAAGGUGGGAUACAAGAAGCUUUUCCUUCUGGACCAAAGAGGAACACACAUUGAGGUGGAACCACUUUGUGUGUUAGAUUUCUAUGUUCAUGAGUCUGUGCAACGGCAUGGUUAUGGAAAAGAAAUCUUUGAUUUUAUGCUUUUGCAAGAGCGUGUUAAUCCACAUCAGCUGGCGUUUGACCGACCAUCCCAGAGGUUUCUUUCAUUCCUUAGAAAACACUAUCACCUUUCUGCCUCUGUUCCUCAGGUUAACAAUUUUGUGGUAUUUGAGGGAUUUUUUCGUGACAGAUUAGUGUCAGAAGUUCCAGUCAGGAAAUUACCACCUAAAAAAACUGAAGGGGAAAUUAAACCCUAUUCACUUACUGAAAGAGAGGCCCUGAAGGAAGAGCAGAAGGGCCUUCCUUGGCCAUUUAGUCAGUCUCCUUCUCUGACCCGGUCUCUUAGUGUGGGUGCAUCACCAAACCGGGUUAAUGGGACACAGAGUGUUCCGGAGUGUACUGCAGCCCUCAAAGAAAUCAAAUUACAAAGGCCUCGACCAGGAUUCCGAAAUGGAGAACAGUAUCACCUCAGUUCUGCCUCUGAAAGGAGGCGUACCAGUAUCACUCCCAGCCAACAAGGAAUGGUCGCCAGAGAUAAUCUUUACAGUCGGCACAGCAAUUACAGGUUAAAUACAUCACCUAGACAGCAAGGGUUUAAGGACCUCAAGCCAAUUGAAACACGCUCUGAAACAUUAAUCCCAGCUACAGCCACAGUACUACCAGUGAAUUCAAAAACAGAUCAGGAUCCUUCUGAGAUAACGACUACAAACCAAAGACAUGGGUGUCUUGAAGAAACUAAGGUGCCACCUCUGAAUCUCAAAGCCCAUAAUGAGGAAGAAGCAGUGAAGACCAUUUCCCAGAAUCAAGAGGCACCCCUUCUUUCCAAACAUAAUGGAUCAUAUUCUGAGCCCUUAGCUCCUCGUAACUGUCUUCCUGCUUCUGUAAACUAUAUAACCGAGUUAAAAUCUAUGUUGUCUCAACCAAAAACCCUUACUAAUGGACUAGGGUUUGAAGAAAUCUGGACUCCAUAUCCACCAAAAAAAGCAAAUAUAGGUUCUCAGAUACCACCCCAGGGAAAUAUUUCCUGGACAGUAAUUGAGCAACCAUUUACAGCUCAGUGGGUCCGGCGCAAGCAGGAGUAUAGGAGCACCCGUCCUUGGUAAAGUUCACAAUUGGUAUACCAAUGCAGAACUGCUGAAUCCUGUCAGUUGUUUCUUGGAGAACUUGUUAAAAAGUGGAUUCCACAAAUGUGUAAAUGUGUUUACCAUUUGCCUCUUAUUUUAACGAUUUUGUGGUUCAAGUGCUCGUGGUUAUUCCAAGUUCCUCUGCCUAAGUACUACACAUUGUAUAUAUCUUUUAAAUUUGCUAAUUAAGUGCCUUUCUGCUGUAGCAUAAAAUAAGGUAUUCAGGCAGUUGAACAUUCUUAAUAGCUGUUGUAACAAUAAUAACAAUGUCCUUAACAAGCAGGAAAAGAAAGCAUAAGUCAACCUUGAACCACUGUCCUUGGUGUUUCAUGAAAUCUUAUUUAAUUUAUGAAACAUUUUUAGUAUGCUUUUCCUUGGCAUUGGUUAUUAUUUUUUAAAAUAAUAUUUUAAUAAGUCUCAAGCAGUUGGCAACCAAAAGCCAUAAUGUGUCCAUGACAAUAGAUGGACCAACUAUCAUGCAUGGCAUUUCACUGGUAAUGAAGCCCAGAAAUCAAUAAUUUAUUUUGUAUAUAAGGAUCCCAGCCAUACUGAAUUACCAGUCCAAAGAGAGGACAUUUGAUGCCAAAUACAUGCUAUACUUGUAGCAGGGUGAAAGAAUAUUAGGCUUCUAAAAAAAUUAAAUGGUGACUAUUUGUAUCAAAUUAAUGGAGGGGCAUAGGUGUUUAACAUUUUCAAUUUAUGUUUCCCAUGUUUCUAAUAUAUUUAAUAAAUGUAUAUGUUAUUUUUUUAGUUUGUAUUUGUAUGUAAAAGUGCAAAGUAAAGCCAAACUCUGAGAGUUAAAUUGUACAGUUACCACUAAAGUAUUAAAAUGCAAAAAUCCUA